AUGCUGAUAACUCUCUACGUUGAAAACAACAAGACAAUGAAAGCCCUAGUAUACGCAGGGCCCAAUAGGCUCGAACUGCAGGAUCGACCGAUGCCGAUUAUCCAAUCCCCCACCGAUGCAGUGGUCAAAAUGCGCCACACCACAAUAUGCGGCACCGACCUCCAUAUCCUCAAGGGCGACUUGCCAGCCAUAGGACACGGUCGGGUCCUGGGCCAUGAAGGAGUUGGUACGAUCGUCUCUGUCGGCUCUGCAGUCGACGGACUCUCCGCCGGCGACACGGUCUUGAUAGCCGCCAUUACCGCGUGCAAGGUGUGCGCGUCUUGUCGGAAGGGUCUCGAAUCGCAUUGUGUAACUGGUGGCUGGGCGCUGGGAAACAAGAUCGAUGGAACGCAGGCGGAAUAUGUGCGCAUUCCCCAUGCGACGUCGUCCUUGUACAAGAUUCCUAGCGGUCUUGAUCUGAGAGCCUGUGUUGGUAUUUCGGACGCGCUUCCGACGGGGAUGGAGUGCGGGACGAUCAGUGCUCAUGUGCAGCCUGGGAGUACUGUUGCGAUCAUUGGGGCGGGGCCUGUGGGUCUGGCGGUGAUGCUGACUGCUAAGUUAUAUACGCCUUCUCUGGUUGUGAUGAUCGAUUUGGAUGACAAGAGGCUGGAGCAUGCGAAAAGGCUAGGCGCCGAUAAGACCGUUAACUCUGGACAUCCGGAUUCGAUUGAGGUGCUCAGCUCAGUAACCGGUGGUCAGGGGUUUGACUGCGUUAUUGAGGCUGUCGGGAUUCCAAAGACCUUCGAGAUGUCCCAGAAACUGGUCGCUCCUGGCGGUUCCAUUGCCAACGUUGGUGUUCAUGGCCAGCCAGCCAAUAUUGACCUGCACAAUUUGUGGGAUCAUAACAUCACUAUCAAGAUGCAGUUGCUCAAUGCCGUCAGCAUCCCGACACUGCUUCGGCUGUAUCAAUCGGGUCAUCUGAAGCCUUCUGAUCUAUUCACUCACCAUUAUUCAUUUUCCGAAGUCGACAAAGCCUAUCGCAGCUUCCAAAUGGCAGCCCAAGAAGGGGCCUUGAAAGUUGGAAUUGACUUUUAGUAUUCGCU